CGGCGCGGGACCCGCCCCCCGCGCUCGGCGGGUGCGUCGGCCGCCCCGGCGCGGCUGUUAUGGAAACCGGCCGGGCGCGCCGACGGCGAUAAUGGGGCGGCCAUGGCCCGGGCCGGCAGCUCCAGCCGCGACGCGGCCGCGGGGCGGCGGGCGGGGGGCGCGGGGCGGCCCGAGCCGUGGGAGCUGUCCCUGGAGGAGGUGCUGAAGGCGUACGAGCAGCCCAUCAACGAGGAGCAGGCGUGGGCCGUGUGCUUCCAGGGCUGCCGCGGGCUGCGGGGCGCGCCGGGCGGCGGGCGGCGCAUCCGGGACACGGCCGACAUCCUCCUGCGCCGCGACGGCUCGGUCAGCGCUCGGCGGGAGCCCGGGGCCGCGGAGUCCACAACGAUGGUGUUGUCACCGGCCAGCUCAGAAGCCCAGAUGGUGCAGUCACUCGGCUUUGCCAUUUACCGCGCGCUGGACUGGGGUCUGGACGACAGCGAGGAGCGCGAGCUGAGCCCACAGCUGGAGCGGCUCAUCGACCUCAUGGCCAACAACGACUGUGAGGACGGCGGCUGCGGGGCUGCGGACGAAGGCUACGGGGGCCCGGAGGAGGAAGAGGAGGCCGAGGGCGGCCCCCGGGCCGUGCGCACCUUCGCCCAGGCCAUGCGGCUGUGUGCGGCGCGCCUGACGGACCCCCAGGGCGCCCAGGCCCACUACCAGGCCGUGUGCCGGGCGCUGUUCGUGGAGACGCUGGAGCUGCGGGCCUUCCUCGCCAGGGUCCGGGAGGCCAAGGAGAUGCUGCAGAAGCUUCGGGAGGAUGAAACGCAGGCAGAAGAGCCGCUGGCGGAGCUCGACACCCUGGGACGCACGGACUGGGCCCGACUGUGGGUCCAGCUCAUGCGCGAGCUCCGCCACGGAGUGAAGCUCAGGAAGGUGCAGGAGCAAGAGUUCAACCCCCUGCCCACCGAGUUCCAGCUCACCCCCUUCGAGAUGCUGAUGCAGGACAUCCGCGCCAGGAACUACAAGCUGCGCAAGGUCAUGGUCGAUGGAGACAUCCCUCCCAGGGUGAAGAAGGAUGCCCACGAGCUCAUCUUGGACUUCAUCCGCUCCCGGCCUCCACUGAAACAGGUCUCGGAGAGAAGGCUUCGCCCCUUACCCCCGGAGCAGAGGAGCCUGCAUGAGAAGAUCCUGGAGGAGAUCAAGCAGGAGCGGAGGCUGCGCCCGGUGGGGGCUCGGCGCUGGUGUGGCCGGGGGUUUGGCUCUCUGCCCUGCAUCCUCGACGCGUGUUCUGGGGACGCCAAGUCCACCUCCUGCAUCGACCUGUCCGUCACGGAUGCCGGGAACAGCACCCUACGCCCACGGCCCCGGGUCCUGCUCAAGGCGCCCACCUUGGCUGAAAUGGAGGAGAUGAACACGUCUGAGGAGGAAGAGUCUCCGUGUGGGGAGGUGCCACUGAAGCGGGACCGCUCUUUCUCGGAGCAUGACCUGGUCCAGCUCCGGAGCGAAGUGUCCUCUGGCCUGCAGCCAGGCCCUCAGCCCCAAGGAGGGUCGGAACCGUCCCGGCCCCGCACGGGCAGCAUGCACGCCUGGAGGCCAAGCACCCAGGAGCAGGGUCCCGUCCCUUUGAGCACCCGGGCCCAGCCUGACCCCAGCUCUCUGCCACACAGUGACCUGGGCUCCGCAGAGGACCGGCCAGAGGCUUCUGCAGCCCCAGACGCCAAUCACCUGUGGCUGGAGUUCAGCCACCCCGUGGAGAGCCUUGCUCUGACCGUGGAGGAGGUGAUGGACGUGCGCCGGGUGCUGGUGAAGGCUGAGAUGGAGAAGUUCCUACAGAACAAGGAGCUCGUCAGCAGUCUAAGGAAGGGGAAGAUUUGCUGCUGUUGCCGAACCAAGUUCCCGCUGUUCUCCUGGCCGCCCACCUGUCUCUUUUGCAAGAGGGCUGUCUGCACUUCCUGUAGCAUAAAGAUGAAGAUGCCUUCUAAGAAGUUUGCACACAUUCCUGUCUACACGCUGGGCUUUGAGAGUCCUCGGAGGGUGUCAACUACCAAAACUACACCGACCCAGAGAAGAGAUGCCUUCCAGUCCCUGCAGGGGCCCCAGUGGCCGAGUGUGGAGGAGGCGUUCCCGCACAUCUACACCCACGGCUGUGUCCUCAAGGACGUCUGCAGCGACUGUACCAGCUUCGUGGCAGAUGUGGUGCGCUCCAGCCGCAAGAGCGUGGACGCUCUCAACACCACGCCCCGCCGCACCCGCCAGACCCAGUCCCUGUACAUUCCUAACACCUGGACGCUCAACUUCAAGUGAUGGCCCUCCGCCUCCCCAGGACACCUAGCCAGCGGCUUUUCGAGGCGGCCAGACCUCUGAGGAGGAGCCAGGCUAGUCCUGGACGUGGCCUAGAAACUCCCUAUCCUGAGGUGCAGCUGCCGGCCUGCCUCCUAAGUGUGCAUGUACAUAUAUACAUAUAUAGAUACAUUUAUAUGAUAUAUACACACAGCCUAUAUAUUUAUAUACAUCUGUCCUGGCCCUAGAGUUUAUUUGGGGUCAGGCUCACUCCAGGACCCUCCCUGGGGGAGGCUGUUUCCUUUUGGGAGUCGGGUGGGAUAGGGCACGGGAUGGGAGUGCGGUUUCUCACUUGGGAAGCAGGGCAGGCUGGAGAUACGACAGUGGAUUCCAGAUGAUGGGGCUCUGGGAAGACCCCCACCCCGUUUUUGUUCUUUUCUCCAUCCCAAGGAUGAGAACACAGCAGUGUCCCCUUCCUGGGUAGCUGUCCAGGUUGGGACAGGUCACUUGGUUCCCAGGCACACGGGAGCAUCCUGCUGGCCUCUGCCCUCUGGGCAGACACCUGGGCAGCAGAGGCCACUGGGGAAGACGGUGAUCUUCUCCUGGCGGGCGUCACACCCUUCCAGUUGGAAGGCCCAAGGCCUAGCUCACUCGUUCCCUGCCCAGCAUCCACGCUCCAGCCAGUACACCACCUGCCUGGUGUUGCCAUCCUCACUGACUCAGAGGUCCAGAGAUGGUGCUGGGUCCAGGGCCCUGGUGACGCCGGGGUCCUGGCACAGGGAGGAACUCUGUAAAUUUGUACACGUGGUCACUCCUGGCCUAAUAAAGGUGAUCUCGGAGUCUUC